CAUUCCACUUCCACCAGCUGUCCUCCCCCACCACAGGGCCCGCCAUCCCUCCCCCAGGAUGCCGGAGGGCCCCGAACUGCACCUGGCCAGCCUCUUUGUGAAUGAGGCCUGCAGGGGGCUGGUGUUUGGGGGGCGCGUGGAGAAGUCCUCCGUCAGCCGCAACCCUGAGGUGCCUUUCGAGAGCAGCGCCUACCACAUCUCAGCCUGCGCCCGCGGGAAGGAGCUGCGCCUGGCCCUGAGCCCCCUGCCCGGGGCCCGGCCCCCACAGGAGCCACUGACCAUCGUCUUCCGCUUCGGCAUGUCCGGCUGCUUCCAGCUGGUGCCUGGGGAUGCGCUGCCCCGCCAUGCCCAUCUGCGCUUUUACACGGCUCCACCUGGUCCCCAGCUGGCCCUGUGCUUCGUGGACAUCCGCCGCUUCGGCCGCUGGGACCUCGGGGGCCGGUGGCAGCCGGGCCGCGGGCCAUGUGUCUUGCUGGAGUACGAGCAGUUCAGGGGGAACGUGCUACGAAACCUGGCAGACAAGGCUUUUGACCGGCCCAUCUGCGAGGCCCUCCUGGACCAGAGGUUCUUUAACGGCAUUGGCAACUACCUGCGGGCUGAGAUCCUGUUCCGGCUGAAGAUCCCACCCUUCGAGAAGGCCCGCACAGUUCUGGAGGCCCUGCAGCAGAGCAGGCCGAGCUUGGAGCUGACCCUGAGCCAGAAGAUCAGGGCCAAGCUGCAGAACCCAGACCUGCUGGAGCUGUGCCACUUAGUGCCCAAGGAAGUGGUCCAGCUGGGGGGCAAAGGCUAUGGGCUGGAGAGCGGGAAGGAGGACUUCGCUGCCUUCCGCGCCUGGCUGAGAUGCUAUGGCCGGUCGGACAUGAGCUCCCUGCAGGACCGGCAUGGCCGUACCAUCUGGUUCCAGGGGGAUCCUGGACCCUUGGCACCCAAAGGGGCCAAGUCCCGCAGAAAGAAGUCCAAGGCCACACAGCCAAAUCCUGAGGACAGAGGGGAGGCCCCUCCACCUCUAAGCGAGGCCCCUGCCAGAACACGAAGGGCACAGAGAGCCCGGCCUAAGAAAACAGCAACCCAGCAGCCCAAGGGGACCAGUCUCCAACAGGACCCAGAACCUCCCACAGUCCCUAAGAAGGAGAGGAGGAAAGGGCACCAGGCAACACCAGGCCACCGCAGACCCCGGAAGAUUAAGGUCAACACCCCAGCCUUGGAACCAGAGGGGACCUCAGCCUCAUAAUAGGAGGGUCUCCUUGCUGGC